AAUCAUUAUAGAAAUGGUUUUAAAUGGUGGGAUUUGAUAUUUAUUUUAAAAAGUUUUUUAUUUACAAUUUUAACUAUAACAACACUAUAUUCACCAAAUUUUCAUUUAUUUUCAAUGAUUUUUAUUCAUGUGCUAUAUUCCUAUAUCCAAUAUAUUUUUCACCCACAAAAAAACAAUGUCUUAUACAAAAUAGAGAAUUCUUUCAAUUUAUUCCAAUUAAUCAAUUUAGUUUUGGUAGAUUCAAAUUUUUUCAAAAAAGUUUUACCAGAAUUAAUA